GGAAUUCUUAUCAAUAUAUAAAAACUUCUUUUUAUCUUUAAUACAUCCAUCUAAGUGAUUAAACGACCUUUCAAUUGAUCCACCCAAAUUAUGCAACCCGAGGAAGCCACUAGCUAUCACCUAUGUCUAUAAUAAGAACCCUCUAAAAAUGAUUAUCAUUAAUAACGUUGAUAAAAUAUUCGGAUAAAAUUACGUCAGAUCAGUCGCACGGGUUCGAGUCCUUCGGCUUGGGAGCAAGUUGCGCAAUUAACCGAGGAAAAAAUGAAAAUAAAGUGGGCGAACCGUGGCAAGGAUUAAUAGGUGUGAACGAUAGCCCCGGUAAUCGAUAAAUGCGUGCAAAAGCGAGACGCCGUACAGCCUCCCGGGGGUGCCGCGCGGAUCUCGUCUCGUCUUAUCCGCGGAUAACGAAAGGCCCCGAGCUCUAGAGCAUAAUCCUACGUCCUAUAUCCAUACCCGGGAGAAAGGAAAGGGUUGCGCAAGCGCCGAGGCCUCCCUGCGAGCUCCAGGGUGAAAAUGCACCAUGGCAUGGGAGUGUCAACGGCAGGUCGGCUCGGCGAUCAAAAUCCGAAUAUGCAGCCGCGGGACGGCAUCUGCGACAGAAUCGAGAAUUACAUAUCCGAGCUAGGACAAUGGGCGGUAUGGAGGGCGAUAAUAAUGGGACAGUUCUUGUCCAUAGUCCUUUGCUUCUUAACGCUGUUCAACCAUCACAUCAACACGAUAUAUCAUCUUGCCGUUCCAACAGGACAGAACCUACCCCACUAUGCGAUGAUGUGCCUGGUAUAUACGACAUGGCUUUCGUGCAGGGGCGCCGGAAAUGGUCUAAUCUCUGUAAUAAGGUCCCGGGGAUGGAGAUAUUUACUCUUGGCAUUGAUCGACGUCGAGGCAAAUACUCUGGUAACGUCAUCUCACCAGUUUACGAGUCUCGCUAGUAUUCAGUUAUUAGACUGCGUGGCGAUACCAGUUUCUUUGGCACUAUCGUGCUUAGUUCUUGGCGUGAGAUAUAGAAUGGUCCACAUCGUUGGAGUGUCCGUCUGCCUGAUGGGAGUUGGAUGCUUAGUGUGGGCAGGGAUCGACGAGAAUAAGGAUCCUGCAUCCACCGGUAAAAAUCAAUUGGUCGGCGACAUGCUGUGUCUCGGAGGGGCUAUUUUAUUCUCUAUAAUCACAGUUCUUCAGGAACUGGCCGUCAAGACUGUUGAUAUCAUCGAGUAUUUGGGAAUGAUUGGAUUUUUCGGCACUAUUUUAAGUUGUCUGCAAAUUACGAUUUUAGAGAGGAUACAGAUUGAAACUUUCCACUGGGACAACGCUCCUGUUAUCACUUUUUUGGUUGUCUACUGCAUCACACAAUUCGUCUUCUUCUCCCUGGUACCUGUGAUCCUCUUCGAAUCUGGCGCUACGGCCUUGCAGUUGGCUCUUCUAACCGCAGAUUUCUUCAACAUCUUAUUCGGAAUGCUGGUACAUCGCUAUAAGUUCCACACUCUGUACUUCCUUUCGUACACCCUUACGAUGACUGGAAUUUACAUUUAUGCGAUUAAAAAGACACCCAUGUCGUCGAGCUCUCGAAGGCAACAAAUAGAGCCACCGGCUCCUGACUAUAGUUGCCUCCCUUUAAGACACAUGUCUCAUCCCGAUGUCGGGGAAGUGGAAAUGGCCAUGAGCUCCGGGAUGUCUGGAGUCAGUGGAACUUUGGAUUUACGAGCUUCUACCCUCGGCAGUGAACGGGAAACCGUGGACGCCACAAGUUUGCCACUGAGUGUCAGUUCCGACACCGCUUUUACGUCCUUUUACGGUAGUCAAGCUAACUUGAAGGCUGCUAACGGAAACACCGGUUCCGCCUGUUAAUGGGAAUCGAGUGACUGUCUAUAGAUAAAUAUCACGAAUCACUCUAUGGAGUCUCAUGCGCGCCAUUUAACGGAAUCCCUUUGAGAACGUUGAGAAAAUAUUUACAUCAACAAUAACUGACAUUACGUAUACAAGGUACUUUUUCUAGGUACUUAAGAAAAGUCGUAUAUUAGCAGGCUCAGAGCCCCCUUAGGUAGAUACGACAGUUUAGAGGGAACCCCCGAAACAUGGUUAAUACUUCUUAUAUCGGUAAGGCAAGAAGUUUACAAUAAGUAUAAAUAAUGUGCCAAAUUCCAAGCUCUUUUACCGUCGUUACGUACAUGAGACGGGUGUACAGAAAAUAUGAUAUAUGCCUACGAUGUAAUUGAAAUUCGUUCGAUACUUGUCUAAUUCAUUGACAUUUAACAAACCAUAAGACGUAAGGUUUUUCCAGAAUUAGUUAUCUGCCAUAAUGACGACUAAACAUCACUCUCGCUACAGACUGAAUAUUUGUACUUCGUUCCCUACACGAGACGUAUUUUUCAUUGUUUGUACAUUGAUACAAAAUCGCGGAUUGUGUGCAUGUGCCGACAUGCCCGAGGAAUCCUGUUGCUCAAAGUUAUUCGUGACUUAUAUUGUGCGUACACAUUGGCACAACUUUAUUGUAGCUAUUAUGUAUUACUUUUUAAUAAAGUACCUAAUAG